UUUCCCCCUUCACAUUUUAUUCCAGGACCCAUCAGUUACACAGGUGACAAGAAAUGUUCCACCAGGACUUGAUGAAUACAAUCCAUUCUCGGAUUCUAGAACACCCCCACCAGGCAAUGUGAAAAUGCCGAAUGUACCUAGUACACAACCAGCAAUAAUGAAACCAACAGAGGAACCUCCACCUUAUACACAGAUUGCAAAGGAACAUGCCUUGGCCCAAGCUGAACUUCUUAAGCGCCAGGAAGAACUAGAAAGAAAAGCUGCAGAAUUAGAUCGUCGAGAACGAGAAAUGCAAAACCUCAGUCAACAUGGCAGAAAAAAUAAUUGGCCACCUCUUCCUGGCAAUUUUCCUGUGGGACCUUGUUUCUAUCAGGAUUUUUCUGUAGACAUUCCUGUAGAAUUCCAGAAGACAGUGAAGAUUAUGUACUACUUGUGGAUGUUCCACACAGUAACACUGUUUCUAAAUAUCUUCGGAUGCUUGGCUUGGUUUUGCGUUGAUCCUACAAGAGGGGUUGACUUUGGCCUGAGUAUCCUGUGGUUCUUGCUUUUCACUCCUUGUUCAUUUGUCUGUUGGUACAGACCACUUUAUGGAGCUUUCAGGAGUGACAGUUCAUUCAGGUUCUUUGUAUUCUUCUUCGUCUAUAUUUGUCAGUUUGCUGUCCAUGUACUACAGGCUGCAGGAUUUCACAACUGGGGCAACUGUGGUUGGAUUUCAUCCCUUACUGGUCUCAACAAAAGUAUUCCUGUUGGAAUCAUGAUGAUAAUCAUAGCAGCACUUUUCACAGCAUCAGCAGUCAUCUCACUAGUUAUGUUUAAAAAGGUACAUGGACUGUAUCGCACAACAGGUGCUAGUUUUGAGAAGGCCCAGCAAGAGUUCGCAUCUGGUGUGAUGUCCAACAAAACUGUCCAGACCGCAGCUGCAAAUGCAGCGUCCACUGCAGCAACUAGUGCAGCUCAGAAUGCUUUCAAGGGCAACCAGAUUUAGAGAAUCCUCCAGCAAUGCACUGUUACCUUUUGACUGUACUUUUUCUCCACUUACUGUAUUCUAUAAAUAUUUUUAUGUUCAAAACACACAGUAUACACAGCAUGUAUAUCUCCUAUUCACUUGUGCAUGGGCAAAAACUAGAAAAACUUCCAUGUCUUAUUAUUUACCUAACAGUUUCUUAAGAUUUUAGUGCCCCUUUCAGAAAAAAAUAUUACAUGCUAAAUAAGUAUUCUCCAUAUUUUGGGGGCGAUGAAUGUUCACAUUAUUUCAGGGGUGAGACACUGAAAUUAAUAUGGUACUUAUGAUUAAAAAUGCAUUUAGUACUAGCUACAGUCAUUCAAGAAUCUUAGACGUAAGGAUUGAUUACACAUUGGAGCAGUAAACUGAUGCUUCAUUUCUUUUUUCUUAUAUUGAAAGAAAUAGGCCAUGGGAGACUUAGAGAUUUUUUAAUUGGCUUGCUUUUUAGCAGUUUCAGUCAUCAGUGAAGCGCCUAUGUGCAUUUCGUAGUAGAUAAUGUAAAUUUUAUCUUUUUCUUUUCUUUUUUUAGAGUAGUUGAUAUUUUGAUAUCUAUGAUCUUGCAUGGGUACAAAGUUUCUAAAAAUAGUAUUUUGGGUUCUGCACUGCUUAUAGUUGUACAAUUGGGGAGUCAUUUGUAGAAUUAUAUAAAUGAUUUUCUGUAAUAGUUUCUUUUAAGUAAAAGUUUAUUGGGGUGCAAUAUGAGAAUAUAUUGUGCAGUGCAUUAUCCAAAAGAAAAGGUAGAAAAAUUGAUGGGAUAGAAUGUAGUGAUGAGAAUACCUUUUUUCUUUUUAAUUUUCAGUAUUCAUAUCAUAGUAAAAUAGUACUGUGUGGAAACUUUGGUAUAUUCUUGUGGCUACUCUUCUUAAUUGAACUGAGAUUGUGUUUGGCAGCUCUUUUGGGGUGUGUGUGUGUGUGAUUUUUAACAAAGGUAUUCAAGUCUAGCCUAACUCCUUGUCCAUAAAGAACAUACAGUAUUUAAGGGAUUUUUUUUUUUUUAGCCUCUCAUCUCUAGUGGCAUUAAAUAUAAAAAGACUCUGCCAUUUUACAUAUAGUUGAAUCCCUAGUACAUAUCAGUCUUUCAAUUUUUGAGACAGACUGUAUAUAUUAAAAUUUUUCAGUAGUAGAAAAAAGUGAACAUUAAACUUGCAUCAAGCAAGAAAAUAUACAAUUGAAUGCAUUAAUUAUGAAUAUAAUCACUUUAAAAUUGUUACUCUGCAGCACAGGAGUUCAUUCUUAUAGUGUACUUGGGUUGAAAGUUUGAAUGAUCUUUAAUACUGAUUAAGAGGCUCAAGACAUUUGUAAAGUCAUGAUACUGUGUUUUGGAAGUCAUUAGCUAAUUUAAGAUUACAGAAUAAUAGGUAGUGAUUUAUUCAACUUGAUUUUAAGUAAGAAUCAUUUUUGGAUUCUAUUAUUUGAGACUCACAUCCCUUUAUAAAAAUAUCAGCUGGGCACAAAUGGUUAGCUUACUUUCAUUCUUCCCCCCAAAUCUGGAAUUAGAAUGAGUUUCAUGCUGGGGCUGGAUGGUGAGCUCUCACUACUUAUGAAGGAAGCUUUGCAUGAUAGUGCUAGUAAGUGACACAGAUCCAUCCAAGUGGUGUUUACAUUUGAUUUAUUUGGGAGUUUUUUGAAGUAAUAUACUUGGAAUAUAUUUCUUUUAUUUUGAUGAAAAUAGAGUACAGAGUAUGAAUUUAAAGCUGUUUGUGAAUAUUUCUGAUCAGUGAUCUCCACCUACUUUCUCAACCAAAUAAGCCAGUUCAAGUUUUUCAGAAUCUAUAAUCUUAUUGAAAAUUUGUUUCAUCUGUGUGCUCUAUUGAGUGUGGGUUUACAUUCAGAAUAUUAACCACAAAAUACAAGAACACUAUGUCCAUUAUUAAUUUAUAUCUCAAGUCCACUUUUGCUUUUCUUUAAAGUGCAAAUGAAAGAUACAUCAUAGAGACUUUUGAAAACUGCUGAGCUACUUCAGGAACAGAAAUGCUUUUAUCUAUUCUGUAGAUAUCCCCCUUGUUAAAUAGCGAAGAAUAAUUACAACUAACAGUAGUACCUUUUUUGUGCGGAUGAGGAAAAUGUUAUAAAUUCAGUUAUUUGGAUUAAUACAGGCUUAUGAGAGAAUUGUUUUUUAAAAACAUAAAUGUGCAUUAAAAUGAGGGCAGUGUUUAUAGUUUGAUAAGGUGUAGGGGUUUUAAAUUCUUAUAUUUUCUAUUACUAAUUAGUAAAUAGUCACAUUUUCACUCAGCAAAAGAUUGGCAUUUGAUAGUGUUUUAUGUUUAAUACUAAUAUUGCUCAGUAAUGAAUCAUGAAAUGGUCUUUCACAGUGUAAGCAAGCACCCAUGUCAUCUUUCAGUUUGCAAUAUUAAGUGGUGGCUGUUUUAUUUAAAACUAAAGUUUGAACACUGGAAAAUUCUUGCUCAGUGACUUGUAAUUUGGAACUUGGAUUAUUUAUGUAGGGAUGUUUGUAUAUUUUGUCAGUGAGUAAUACUGAGCUGCCAUCAUGGUGACUGUCAUGGUUCUAUAUAAAUGCCCUCCAUCUGUCCCUCUAAUGUUGCAUGUCUCCGGUGGUUUGGAAGUUUUGUAUAUUUAUUGUAUUAAUACAAAGUGUUCUAAAAUAAAACGCUGUUUAGUGGAUGUUUGUUUGUUGAGGGUUUAAUGUAUAUAGAAAUUCCACAUUUGAAUUAAAAAGAAAUCUAUAUAAUUCUAUCAUUUGCUAAGCAAAAUAAGCAUAUAAAAGAUUAGUUAAAAGCUUUCAUCAACAUAAAAUGAUAAUUUUUCUGUUGCAUUAGACCUUCGUAGGUAGUGGAACAUGAGCCUCACGCAUAUUAAAUAUUUUGACCACUUUAAAUACACAGACUGCCUAGAGAUUCAAAAUGGAAAAAUGUGUUUUGUGGCUCAGAUUUUUCCUAGUGGGUUAAAAUGAAUGCCUCUGUCCUAGUAUCGCACUGAUUCGAGUGAACUUGUAUUCUGUUUCCUAACCUCGCGAUUUAACUCUGUUUUAUGUGCUGAUGAAAAUACCUGUUUGAAUUUUCACUUGGUUAUUUGAAGAGGAUGUUCAAAUAUAAUAUAAAAUCAUGUUCAUGGUGAAUUUUAUUUUGAGAAAUAUGUGUUCAGUUAAAAUAGGAACAAUAUUUUCAACUUUCUGGGUGUUACCUAAAAAAAAAAGUGAGUUUGGAUUGCCAUUGGAUAUAUCUCCUACAAAUCAUAUUGAGACAGUGUAUGGGUUGCCUUUUAGAGGGAAUUUAAUGUUAAAUUUAUUGUUUCUGUAAAUUAUUUGUAGUAGCAUAAUGCUUUAUUAUCUUUUUCUGAAUACACUGACAUUAGCAUUUAAUUUUAUCUUUAUUGCUAAAAUCUAUGUUUAGACUGUUACUAUACAGAACUUGUUACCAUUUUACUCAUAUUUUCUGGUUAGAAUUACCAUGGCUGUCAAACACCAUUUCACUGUAUCGCCUUCCAUUUUUUCCUUAAGGAACAUGUUUAGAGGAAUUUGUUGAUUCCAUGUGAUUAUGACCUUUAGGAGUGUAAUAAAAGUGUUUAAUGUGAAAAUAAUUGAGGGUGGUUUUAAAAUAAAAAAUACCUUAUUUGACAGA